AUGACCUUCACAAAUGCCCCCGUCACUAGACUGCUGGUUCUCGGGCUCGUCGCGGCCUCCAUAGGCGCCAGCAUGCUCGAUGUCAAGCACUACUUCUACAUCUCCAUCGAUACACACCUGUGGAAGUAUAGACAGUUUUGGAGGUUACUCGCCUACCAGCUGUGCUAUACCAACUCAACCGAAGUGCUGUUUGCAGCCAUGUCGCUAUACAACCUGAGAGUCGUCGAGCGCAUGUGGGGAUCGAGGAAAUACGCCUCAUUCGUCGUUGUCUGUUCCCUCUUCAACGCCGUCAUUCCUCCCCUGAUCAUGGCCGUAUUGCGCCCGCUGUCGGCAGGCUUCUUCAACUACAUGCCCGCAGGCCCGACUCCAAUCGUAUUUGCCAUACUGGCACAGUACCACUCCAUGGUUCCCCACGUGUACAAAUACCGAGUGGCAACGUCACAAAACACCACGACGAGCGACUCAUCCGGAGUGACUCUGUCGGAUAAAUCGUACCAGUACGCCAUUGCUCUUCAUUUAUCGCUGCUACAAUGGCCUGGGUCGGUGCUUGGUGCCUUUGUUGGCUGGACAGUGGGAAACGCUUGGCGAGGAGGUUUGAUACCAGCUUCAUUGGUGACAUGGCGACUGCCAGGUUGGAUGGUGGGGCUUCGGUCUCACAGACGCAGUGCCGAAUUUGAAGGUUUGCGAAGACGUCUGGAAGGGGAAAACGGCUCGGCUACCGGUGUGUCGUCUGGUGUUCAGGGCUCUGGCGGCCAGCAAGCGGAACGAAGAAGAACAAUGGGGCAGCAGAUUGUGGACCAGUUCCGGGAGGCAUUAUAG